UUCAGUGCGCGGUACGUCAGGGAUUAAGCUUAAUAGGCUUCACUUGUCUCCCGCACUCGACAUGUCUUGAAGAACGAAUGUAGACCUUAACUUCAGGGAUUCCCGCGGACUAUGGACAUAAUUUGUUACCUGCUGGUCAUAGCUUUGCUCAGCAUCCAGACGUAUGAAACUUCCUCUCGAUGUUUACGUGGGUGCAGCUGUGUGGAGGACCGUCAUGGGAGGUCACUCAUUUGUAUGGAGGAGAGCGCGUUUGGGGCCAUACCAGAGAACCUUCCAGAUGAUAUGACCAAAAUACGCAUAGAAAAAUCUCACUUCACUGAAAUACCCAGAGGCGCAUUCUCAAAAACGCCUGCUUUGGAAAACUUGUGGUUGAACUUCAAUGAUAUCACAGUGAUAAACUCAAAGGGUCUGGAAGGUUUGGGGAACUUAACCGAGCUCCGUCUGCAAGGGAACAAGCUCCGUUCAGUACCAUGGACAGCGUUCGAGGACACGCCGGCCCUAAAGAUCCUGGACCUGAAGCACAACCAGCUGGACGUCCUGCCGGAGCAUGCGUUAAAAUUUUUGCCAGGUCUGACUUACUUAGACUUAUCCUUCAAUCGGCUUACGGUCAUAUCGAAGGAGGUGUUCCAAAACUGGCCUCUGUACCAAAAACUACAGAGCACGGAGGAGCGGGAGGCGACCGCUUUCGGGCCGAACGUCGUGCUGGCGCUCCACGACAACGCGUGGCUCUGCGACUGCCGCCUGAAGGGCUUCGUGGAGUUCAUCAGGUCACUGAGUCCCCCGAUUAUACUGAUGAACUCCUACUUGACCUGCUCAGGGCCGGACUUUAAGGCGGGCAAGUUCUUCCAUGAGAUAGAGCUGCAGGCGUGCAUGAAGCCCAUCGUCACCACCCCGUCCUCCAACGUCAGCCUGCCUCAGGGCGCAAACGUCACCCUGCGCUGCCUCGCCAAGGCCAGGCCAGACCCCGCGGUGUGGUGGACAUAUGGCCUGAAGAUAAUCAGAGGAUUUCAUGAGUCUCAGGAGAGAGUGGAUGAAGACACCUUCAGAUCCGUCCUGCUGAUCCCAUCCCUCCAUGCAGCCGACCGUGGUACCUACACCUGCACUGCUGUCAACUUCAUUGGAAACUCCUCAGCCAGCGUCCUCCUGGACGUGCGCUCUCCUGAUGGCUCCCAGUCAUCGCUCCUCCCUGGCAACCUGGCUCCACCUGCUUUUUACGAUGAAAACAUCUACAUUGACAUCCGCAUCGUCAAACAGACAAUACGUGGUAUUACCAUUGAGUGGCGUGCCGCCUUGGACCACCCAUCCGAAACCUGGUUCACCAUCCACUUUGGCCACGCAGGUGCUGAUAAUAAAGAAAAGAUCAACAUUGGCGCAGGGAUUCACUCUUACUCUGUCACUGAUCUGAUGCCUGCAACCAAAUAUGAAAUCUGUGUGACCCUUAAGAGCCAGGCGCCGCGUCCCGGCCAGUGCAUUGUGUUUGUAACAGGAAGUGACAUCACUGAGAUGGAACAGAGGGAGAAGCUGAUUCAUAUAGUGGUGAUAGUUUUAGCCAUGGUGCUGGCUGUGCCUAUAGGUAUGUACGCCUGUACCACUGACACUAAGUUCGCCUGCCUGGAGGGUAUCUUGGCAUCCUGGAAGAACCGACGGAGAGACAGCAGCCCCACUGGGAUGGAGCGGGAGAGGCAGGGCACCUUUGACAGCCUGCAGGCCCCCAGCGACGAGGGCCUGGUUAUGAAAGAUUCCAGUGAAGACAGGAAGGUGAGGAGGAGGUCAGAUGACAGACAGUAUAAGAGCAAAGCUGACCACAGCAGACUCACAGCUGAACUAUAUUAAGUUACUAUUUGUUGAAGCAACAAGAGAAAGCAUAGAACUGACCUUGUAAUAGGCUGGUCGCUCUGUAUCAGUAUCCAUAUCAGAGUAGAAAAAUAGAUCUGACUUUGAUACUCUCACAAGUACAAUAUUCAAAAAAAUGACCGUGUUGUCUGCCUUGGUUUUAAUCUCAUCUCUUCCUCUGUUCUAGGCCGAGGAGUUUGUUGCAAAGAUGUGAAUGAUGACUAUCAAGAGUGUAAUUCAAGGAUUUGCACCACUGUUUUUUUUCUCCUGUCUGAAAUGUCUCCUGUUUGUCUUGUUAUGAAAUGCUUAAAUGUCAAUUAUCACACAUUUUAAACUGCUGCUUUACACGAAGCCUCUGUGACUGAUUCAAAUGGAAGAGUGCUCACAGUUACUUCUGUUUUGUACAUUUUGUAAAAAUCUCUCAGCUUUAGAUGCAUACUUUAUCUUCUGCUUUAUCUUUGUGUAAUUCUGUGUUAGCACUUUAAUAUUGUUUUUUUUUUGUUUGUUUAUAUGUGUAUUUAUAUAUAUGUGUAUAUGUGAACAAGAAAAUACCCUAAACCAGAUGGUAAUUGACCUUUCACUAAGCCCCACCCCUUUGUGAUGGUCCGACAAGCUGUAGCAUUGAGCCCACACUGUAACUAACUGCACUCCCUGAAGAAAUAUUAUCAUAUUUUUGUAAAAAUGAAGUAGUGAUUCCAGAGAGAAGCAGAUAGAGGGGUCUACAGUCUGUGUUUGAAGGAUAUAUCCAGGAUGUCAAACUGACUCAGCAGCAACAACUGGUUAAAAAGACAAAGAUAGUUAGAAGCUAAAGCCGAACUAUAGGCUACAGAUCACAGCGUAAAAGUGAACCACCACAUCACUGCUGAUCGCCACAGAAGACAAUGAAUAUAAAGGGAAACUUUGCUGAUAUUGAACCAGCUGUGUGGCAUUGCAGUGUGCAGAUGAAUGGUGUUUGGCUUCCCCCUCAUGCCGCUGCCAGCACUCUGACCACCACCACUGGAAGGGCAGGGAUCUCCACAAAAACUCGAACAACGUUUAUCUGCGCACACUGCGAUGACACACAGCUGGUUGAAUAUCAGCAAAGUUUCCCUGCUUCCCUUCACUGGUUCCUGUACAGCAGGGUCGGUCUUUGUUUCACUGUUAUAAUCAUUAAAAAGCAAAAGCAGCAUGUGUAUGCAUUCAGUAGGCUAUAUCUUCAGUAGCUAGCUAGCUAACCCUACACUUUCAGGGUUUGAUUUUGUUUUUGAAACAGGGAAGAAACGUUUAUCUUUUUCCAACCUC